AACCGGGCUACGGGCUACCCUCAAAUCCCCACAGCCACGACUCGUGGAGUCGUGAAAUCGUGAAAGACACACUCCACCUACGGGCUACCCUCAAUAAUCCACACGUAACCACCGUCCUACCGAUCAAACGGCGAAAAAUCUGUAAAUCGGUUCAAUGGAGGCGAAGUUCUUGAGUGGGGCUGCUUUUAAAGUGAUUCCUGGUUGUGAUGAAUUGAUUUCUUCCAGACCCAACAAGCGAUUCUUAAUUCAACUUCUGCAAAAUUCCACGUUACACUCGAACUUGCCAAAACCAUGCAUUUACUCCGUACAAGUUUCUGCGACCACAACUGGGUACAAGUAUGGCGUAUCCAUGCCACAUCCAGCGUUGACAUCCCUUUGCUCAAGCAUGCGAAAAAGGCAUGAUCAAUGCCAACAUGGUUCUGAAAGCAUGGAUGAACUGGAAAGGAAGAAACGGGUCGAUGAGAGCCAGAAUUUGACCCUAGAGAACAUACGACAUUCUUUGAUUCGCCAGGAGGAUAGCAUAAUCUUUAGCAUUUUGGAGAGAUCCCAGUACUGCUACAAUGCAGACACAUAUGAUCCAAAUGCUUUCUCCAUGGAGGGGUUUCAAGGCUCUUUGAUCGAGUUCAUUCUCAGAGAAACAGAAAAGCUCCAUGCUCAAGUGGGCAGAUACAAAAGCCCUGAUGAGCAUCCUUUUUUCCCAGAGGACUUACCGGUGCCAGUCUUGCCACCACUUCAAUAUCCACAGGUUCUACAUCAGAGUGCUGCUUCAAUUAAUUUAAAUAAGAAGGUGUGGGAUAUGUAUUUUAAAGAUCUCAUCCCGCGAUUGGUAAAGAAAGGGGAUGAUGGAAAUGGUGGCUCUACGGCAGUUGCUGACACAAUAUGUUUGCAGGCUCUUUCUAAACGAAUUCACUACGGAAAGUUUGUGGCUGAGGCAAAAUUCCGUGCCUCCCCUGAUGCCUAUAAGGAAGCCAUCAUCGCGCAGGACAAGGAUAAACUGAUGGCAAUGCUUACCUACCCAACAGUCGAAGAAGCUGUCAAAAGAAGGGUGGAAAUCAAAGCGAAAACAUUCGGGCAGGAAGUGACGGUUAACUCUGAGGAACCUGGGGUGGAACCUGUCUAUAAAAUAAAACCGAGCAUGGUGGCCGAUUUGUACGGGAACUGGAUAAUGCCCCUAACAAAGGAAGUGGAAGUAGAGUAUCUAUUGAGAAGAUUGCAUUGAAUUCUCAGUGGCGUUGUUGAAUUUGGAGCUUUCUUUACCAGUACUGUCUUAAGUCUUAACUGAGUUUGGUUCAAGGAAAACUGGACUGGACUGGACUCCACAGUUUGGAUGGUUUUGGUGUUUUGACCUGCAACCUUUCAUGGAGAAUCCUAGCUUGCUCAUAUGUCCAUGGCAAGUAAUAUUAUUAUUCUUCUUCUUUUGAGAGAGCAUAA